AUGGGUCUGGGAAGCUGUCGCAUGAACGAUCUCGUUGUUCUGCAAACAACCCAAGGUGUCUGUGCUUACCUCAAAGAGGUGGCUGAUAGCGACGCCAAGCAGCGUGGGGUAUGCAUCGGUUUUGACCACCGCGCCGGAGGUGGCUGCAACUCCAGAAGUUUCGCCGAUUGUGCGGCGCGCAUUUUCUUGGAGGAAGGCUUUACGGUGUACCUCUACCGCGACUUCGUUGCUACUCCCAUGGUGCCCUGGUGCAUGGAGCAGCGGAGAUGUGUCGCCGGCAUCAUGAUCACUGCCUCCCACAAUCCCAAAGCGGAUAACGGCUACAAGCUUUACUGGAGCAAUGCUGCGCAAAUCAUUCCGCCUCAUGAUGCCAAGAUCGCGGCUCUGAUUGAAGAGAACUUGGCGCCCUGGCCCUGCAGCGUCACCUCGGUGCAGGACCAUCCACGAUGCAAAGAUCCUGCCGCCGAGGGGAUUCUGGACGCGUAUUUUCAACGCCUCCCUGCGUUGUGCAGCUCCAAAGCGAGCAAGCCGCUGCCUGUGGUAUAUACGGCGAUGCACGGUGUGGGUUUGCCCUUCGUGCAGCGGGCCUUUGAGGCCGUGGGCCAUGGCAAAGCAUCGCUUCAUCUGGUGGAGGCUCAGUGCGAGCCAGACCCUACGUUCCCCACCGUGGCCUUUCCGAAUCCGGAGGAAGGCCAAGGAGCGUUGCAGCUGGCCUUCGAGGAGGCGGAGCGCAGCGGAUGCCAGCUUAUUCUGGCGAACGACCCGGAUGCCGACCGCCUCGCCGUUGCGGAGCGGGAGGAGAAGGGGACGUGGAAGAUUUUCACCGGCAACGAGCUCGGCACUCUGCUGGGACACUGGACGUGGAGAUGUUGGCGAAAGCGCAACCCGUCCGGUGAUGCGAGCAAAGUCUGUAUGGUGGCCAGCGCUGUGUCAUCGAAGUUCUUGAAGACUCUUGCCGAGAAGGAAGGCUUUCGCUUCGUAGAGACGCUCACGGGCUUCAAGUGGAUGGGAUCGAAAUCUGCUGAGUUGCGCGCCGAGGGCUACGAAGUGAUUUUUUCAUACGAGGAGGCCAUCGGCUUCUGUGUCGGGGACAUGGUGAAAGACAAGGAUGGCAUCUGCGCGGCAUCCGUUUUCGUAGACAUGGCCAAAGAUCUUCGUGAGGCUGGGCGGAGUUGCCAGCAGCAUCUUCAACAGCUGUACAUCGACUACGGUAUCUUCUUGUCCAUGAACAGCUACGUCAAGUCGCCGGAUCCGGCGCUAACGAGGCGCAUCUUCGCUGCCCAGCGACCGGAGGGCAAGUACUUCCAGAAGGUUGCCGACUUCGCCAUCUCGGAUGUUCGGGACCUCACAGUCGGCUACGAUAGCCGCUGCAAGGAUGGUAAGCCGGAGCUGCCGCUGAACAUCGGUGGCGAAAUGAUCACGUACUACUUUGCGGCAGCUCAGGCCGAGGUGACGUUGCGGACUUCUGGUACCGAGCCGAAGAUCAAGUGGUACUCGGAGAUGCGCACGGCGGAUGCCGCGGCCGGGCGCGCAGAGCUUGAGCGACUGGUUCGAGCUGUUGUCCUGGAGUUGUUGGACCCCAUAGGCAACAAGCUUGAGAUACGUUCUGAAGACGCGGCGAUGCUCCGGUAG